AUGGCAGAAACGAAAACACCAUUGAAACGCCAGAGGGAAGAAACACUAGUAGUAGAAGAGGAGGAGAUUGAAGAAACGAAGCGCCAAAGACCAUACCAUCACAUAUUGUCUAUUCUAGAAGAUGAGGAAGAGGAGCUUCCCCAGGAUAACCUCUCUUCUCUUAUGACAACCCUCCAGCAAGAGCUCUCCUCCUCCUCAGAACCUGACUUUUCUUCCGACCCUUUACCCGAAAAUACUACUCCCUCGGAAGCCGGUUCUAUCGAACCCCCAACCACCACCGCCAGCAAUAACACCAGCUCCUCCUCACCUCCACUGUUCUACAAGGAGGAGGGAGAAGAGAAGGGGAGUACUAUUAUAAGACAUCUUCUUGAAGCAUCAGACGACGAGCUCGGAAUUCCACAGACCCAGAUCAGAUUGCAGACCAAUAAGUAUGAAGAAGAAGAGAUCAUCCAUGGUGGAGGAGUAUACUCUGGUUUUAGUAAUAAUGGUACGGAAGGGGAAACUGCCAUCUCCUUGUUUGAUUUUCAUGGUGGGUUUUGGGAUUUCGAAGACUUUGAUCAAACUGCUCACUAUUACACGCUUUCACAGUCCGAGCUCUUCAUGUAG